GAAAAGUGAUAUAAACGAAACAAAAAAUGUACUACAAGAAAAUGGUGUUAAUGGAACGGUAACAUCAAAUCCAAAUGAAAUGAAUAAUAUCAAAGCAAUUUUCCCAAUUCAGGACUUACAAGAACUGGAAAAUUUCGAAAAUAAUCUCACGACAGCAGAAUUUCGCCGGGAUGUCCUUCUUUUCCUUAACAAAAUUGGAGGGAAAAGUGUUAAAGAAGCUGUUUAUUGCAUGUUACAAAAAGUGUUUUGUAACAAAGUCGCAACUGAUUUUAGUUGGAUUGGAUAUCAUGGAAAAUACAAGUUCUGUGAUUUGGAAAUUACCAAGUUGAUGAUGGGUAAAAUUUAAACAAUGAAGAGAAAACGAUUAAUGGAUUUGUCUGAACGUCAACUGCGACAUCGGGUUUCCCAAGAUAUGCUACAGCAUUCUUUCUUACAUGUUACUUUGCCAAAUACAGCCGAAGUAGAUAAUACGACACAUAACUUGUUGAACGUAGUAAUAAGUAAUUCAAAUCAGUCGACCAGUUCAACCAGUCAAUCAGUUCAUAAUGAAAUUGAAAUUGUCAAUGAAUCCACAACCUCUGAACCAGUUUUUUGUGAAAACUCGUCAAACGUCAAUCAAGAUGACUUGAAUGUCCAAGAUGAUCUGAGAAUUGAUUUGGACAACAUUUAUUAUGAAAAUGAAAACUAUGAAAUGGAUAAAGACUCUGAAAAUUUGAAAACUUUUUUAGCAACCUGGGCUGCAGAUUAUAAUAUAACACAUUCUCAACUUAAACCUUUAUUACAUAAAUUGAAUGAACACACAUGUUUCCAAGAAGAAAUUCCUAAAGAUCCAAGAACAUUACUUAAAACCCCUAGAAAUAAGACAGUUAUAAAAACAGUUCGACCAGGAAUCUAUUAUCAUUUUGGUAUAAAAAGUGCAAUUGAAGAGAUACUCACUAAAUAUGAGAAUUAUCCGUUAUCAAAUAUUAAAAUAAAAAUAGGAAUUGAUGGUGUUCCAUUAGCUAAAUCUUCAACAGCACAAUUCUGGCCAAUUUUAGCUUCUAUUGGACCAUUUCCAGACAUUUUUAUAAUUGGUGUUUAUUUCGGACAUGAGAAACCUACAUAUGAAGAGGAAUUUCUUGAAGAUUUUCUGUCAGAAGUAGAAGAUUUAUGUAUUGAUGGUUUUAACUUCAAAGAAAAAAUUCUCGACUGCGAAAUCGAUUGCAUUAUUUGUGAUGCACCGGCUAAAUCAUUCAUUUUAAAUGUCAAAGGACACACCGGUUAUCACAGUUGCACCAAAUGUAUCAUCAGAGGAAAGUGGAGUAAACAUAGAGUAUGUUUUCCUCACACAGGCAGAUUCCAUAAAAAACGAACUGAUGCAGACAUCCGAAAUCAAUUACAUAAAAAACACCAAUCGGGACAUUGUUGUUUGCGCCGCAUUCCAAAUUUCGAUCUCGUUAACGAUAUUCCACUAGAUUAUAUGCAUCUCGUGUGUCUUGGUUGCAUGAAAAGAUUAAUGUACUUUUGGGUAAUUGUACGUUCAAAAUGUCGCUUACGAAAAUGGCAAAUAAGCAAACUCUCGUUACGUUUACUCAGAAUAGCAAAGUAUAUUCCGACAGAAUUCGCUAGGAAACCUCGUUCUAUAAAAGUAAUAAAGUUUUGGAAAGCAACAGAAUUCAGGCAAUUCCUUUUAUACACAGGCAGCGUGCUUUUGAAAGAAAUUUUACCCUAUAAAUUGUAUGUACAUUUUAAUUCACUUCACGUUGCUAUCAGAAUUUUGUGUAGUAAAAAUUUGGCAAAGAAAAAAAGAUACUCGAAUUAUGCGGAUGACUUAUUGUCACACUUCGUUAGGUCCCUUACUAUUUUAUACGGAAGUUUUAGUGUAUCUCACAACAUGCAUGGGUUAUUGCAUUUAGCAGAUGUUGCCAAAAGGCGAGGUUCACUUGACAAUUGCAGCGCGUUUGAAUUUGAGAAUUUUAUGCAGUACCUUAAAAAAUGGAUGAGGAAAGGUGACAAACCCCUACAGCAGCUUGUGAGAAGAUAUUCGGAAUUUAAAAAAAAUUGUACGAAACUGACAAAGGCACCGAAGGAGGGAAUUAUAAUUAACGAUUGUUCUCAACAUUGCGACGGUCCUUUGCUCGAUGGAUGUUGUACCCCUCAGUAUAAAAAAUUAACAAUUGAAGGAUUAACAUUGGAUGUUUCAAAACUAGGUGACACUUGUUUCGGUCUCAACAACAAAGACAUUAUAUUAAUCUCCAAUAUUGCACAUUCUGCGGAUUCCAAAGAAAUAGUUGUAAUUGGACAAAAGUUUAAAACUGUUGGCGAUUUUUAUACGAAACCAUGUAAAUCCUCUGUAGUAAAUGAAUUUAUAGUAAAAGACUUGUCCAAUUUACAAAUGUGGCCGCUGAAGGAAGUAAAACGAAAAUAUCUAAUCAUCCCGACAAAGAAAAAUGAAUAUAUAGUGUCUUCAUUGUUGCACAUCGAUUGAUUUUAUUUAAGAAAGAGACUGAAUUAUGUUUGCGAUAAAUUAAAUUUAUUAGUAUUUAAUUAAUUAACCUUCUGUUAAUUCUUAAUGACAAGUCAAUCAUAUCGGAAAUAAAUUUUCUCAUUCAAUAAUCGUCGUAAGCCCUUGCCUAGAAUAAACAUAUUGAGAAUAAAUAACAUAAAUUGAAUAAAUUUCUUCUGGGCAUUUUUAAUGGCAAGCCAUUUGUACUAGAAAUAAAUUUUAUGAUCCUGUAUUCAUUGUCGACCUAUUUCUCAGAAUUCUCGAUGCAAACAAAAAAAUGUACAGUUUCGCUUAAAGAUUAAUUUGUCUUUGCCUUGAAAUGUAAAUUGAAUAGUCUCAUAUUAUUAAUUUAUUAUAACAAAAAAUAUUAGCUUUGUUAUCUGCGAAGAAGCACAUACGUGUAAAUAAAAGAGAGAUUAACUAUUGUUUGCUACAAAAAAACACGAAUACUUUUUAAUAAAUGUCGAUUAGAUUAUACUGUUAACGUUUUAUUCUCAACAUGUUCGAUAUUGUUACACUUAUCUCUGCAACACAACCGACGUCAUUAAUCCUCGAAAAAAUGUGUUCUUGUUCGCAUGAUUAUGUUUUUACAUCAUAGUCUUAAAUAAUCUGCAUCAUCGAGUGUGAGGUCAAUCGAUUUUUGUUAAUUACAUUUUAAGAAUAAGUUGAAGAUGUUGCGUUUAUUUAAUAGUUAAUUAUUGUCUUAUGGUGAAAAGUUUAUUUUCAAUAAGCUUGACAUUAUUGUAUCACUACUGUAAUUCAGCCGACAUUGUCAAACUUAA